AUGGGUAUCAAACACCUUUACCAGGUCAUUUCGGAGAAUGCUCCAGAUGCGAUCAAGACUGGCGAGAUAAAAAAUCACUUCGGCCGUAAGGUCGCAAUUGAUGCAUCCAUGAGUAUAUAUAGUUUUCUCAUCGCUGUGCGCUCGGAAGGCCAGCAGCUGAUGAGCGAUACUGGCGAGACAACAUCCCAUUUGAUGGGCAUGUUCUACCGGACCCUACGAAUGGUUGACAAUGGUAUCAAGCCUCUUUACGUUUUUGACGGCGCCCCACCCAAAUUGAAGUCUGGAGAGCUUGCAAAGCGUGGUGCACGCAAAGCAGAAGCUCAUGAGGCUCACGAGGAAGCCAAGGAAACCGGUACUGCUGAGGAUAUCGAGAAAUUCUCUAGGCGUACCGUGAGGGUCACUCGCGAGCAUAAUGCUGAGUGCAAGAAGCUCUUGAAGCUAAUGGGUAUCCCUUACAUCGAUGCGCCCACCGAGGCCGAGGCCCAAUGUGCUGUUUUGGCGCGCGCAGGCAAAGUCUAUGCGGCUGCCUCUGAGGACAUGGAUACCUUAUGCUUCGAGUCUCCCAUUUUGUUGAGACACCUUACAUUUAGCGAGCAACGCAAGGAACCUAUUCAAGAGAUUCAUUUAAGUCGGGCACUGGAAGGUCUCAACAUGGAUCGCAACCAGUUUAUCGAUCUUUGCAUUCUCCUUGGCUGCGAUUAUCUCGAGCCCAUUCCUAAAGUCGGACCCCAGACCGCGCUUACACUGAUUCGCGAGCAUGGAAGUCUAGAGAAAGUGCUAGAGUUUAUGGGAAAUGAUUCAAAGAAGAAAUACGUUGUCCCCGAAGAUUGGCCGUAUCAAGACGCACGCGACCUUUUUAUUGCGCCAGAUGUACACCCUGCAGACCAUCCAGACUGCGACUUCAAGUGGGAAGCUCCAAAUGUGGAUGGCUUAAUUGAAUACUUAGUCACCGACAAGGGGUUUAAUGAGGACCGUAUACGCAACGGUGCUGCCCGAUUAACAAAGAAUCUCAAAAGUGCCCAGCAAUCCCGACUAGAAGGGUUCUUCAAGCCCAAGGCGCGUACGGAUGAUGAAAAGGCCAAUCUCAAGCGAAAACAUGAGGAGAAACUUCAGGAGCAAAAAAAGCGGAAGAAGGAUGAAGCUAAGGCGAAAAAAGAUGCGAAGGCUAAGCCGCGUGGUGCGGGCUAG